AUAUAACAUUACACAAUGUAAUAAUUAUACUGCACUUUAAUAUUUAAAGUAAAGAUAAUGUCAACAUAACGAUUGUAAAUACUUCUACGCAUGUGCCGACCUUUGUUUUAUUUUAGCAAUUUCACUCCUUCAAGGAUGCCCCUUUUUAGAAUUUAAUACAAUUCGUAAUGCAAAGUUAUGAAAAUACUACAUUCCGACAUCUCUUAGACUAAUUUUUAAAAAAAUACACCUUUUUUUCAUUGUCAGUUACAUUGCAUACAAAUUAUCGUGCUGGGUUAUAACAGGAUCACCCACGGAGGAGACACAAGUAUAAUUUGCAUAAUUUAUGACCUCAUUAGGAAUAAUGUGUUUAAUUAUUUUGGCAAGUUUUGUACGUCAUCUGUUUACAUGCUUUAAAUCACAUCAUUAUAACUCUCAGCCGUACAUAAAAACAUGCAUAGUGGCCAGAAGAGAUAAACAGAGAUCUUAAACUGAGGUGGAAACUUGUAAAAUUUUAAGCAAAACUUAAAAAAGCACAAAAGUACUUUCAUAUUAUGGGCUGUCUACAUAGCUCUUACAAACGAAAACAAUGGUUUCAUCGUUAUCCUGGCAUGGUGAUGAAUCGUUUUGCCAUACAAAUGGGCAUCAUAGAUGAACCUCCUCCAGCAUCGAUUAAAACUUAUUGUCUGCGGUUGUUACACUUGAAGUUUUUUGGACAAACAAGUGAUGGUGAUACAGAUGAGUGCACAGACGCUAGCGUAUUAAAUUUGGGAACCCUGUUGAAAAUGCUCGAUAAAUACAUCCGAAGUUUUGAAGAUCCUCAAAACUUCGAUGGCACUGGUGAAGAUUAUAUCGACCUGUUGAAGUUGAUAGCAAACAGAAGAAGAAGAUUCCCUGGUGAAUCACCUAAAAAAUGUUUCAAUCGAUUAUUAAAACAUAGCAAACAAUUCGUCACAGUUUACAGGUCACGAGCUGCUGACCACAAUAUGAAAGAAUCCGAAAGUUUAUCGGAUGACUCGUACUGGGGUACUCGUCAACAGUUGUUGGGAGGAAAGAUCAUCGCUGAUUGGGUGGAUGCAAGUUAUGGCGGUGGUCCGCUUGAUCCAAUAUUUGGGGUUAUGCUAAACCCUACUGUGGGGAAAGUUGGACCAGGGAAUGGCUCCAUCAUACAUCGAUGGUUAUUUGAUAAUGACGGUUGUAUGGCUUACCAUGCCGCAGUGCAUGACGGAUUCGGUUACCUAAAAAACUUUCAUGACAAGGGACCUGGGUACGAUUAUUUAGAACGAAACUAUUUAUUAAGCAAUUUAAAUCCGUUGGCAGGACAACGUACUGGAAUAUGUUUCUGGAAGACUCUUCUUAAAGAAGAAAAGGAAAGGGAAGAAAAAGAAGAAAGAGAAGGAGAAAAAGCACCGUUAAUAGACCAAUACAAGGAGAGAAUAUUGUAAAUUCUGUCAGAUAAUGAGGUAAAAUUAAAGAAGAAUGAUGGAUAUGAAAUGUCAUGUGCAGAAAAAAAGCAAUCAGCAUGUCACGCUUGAUUUGAGAUGAUUCAAGUAAAAAAAGUGAUCAGUUGCUACGACAACCUAAUACGCUUUAAAAGAUGUUACUCAUGCCCCAGUAAUGUGUACCAGAAAAACAAGUGCAUGACGUAGAUAAGACUGAGAGAUUUUCUUAAAAAAAAUGCCUUCAUGUGCUUGUGAAAGGCAAAAAUCUGUUGUAGAAUACAUUUAGAUAAACUUCAAAAUUAUCUUUUUUGUAAUAAUUACCUAAGAGAAUGUACUUCAAAGAUAAUUUAUUUAUUUUACAGACUAAUAGCUACAUAAUAUUUUAACUAUAAAAUCUGUUUGAUAAAAUAAUUUCUAGAAUAAAUAUUUUAUUAUCC